AUUGUACUUGUUCAUGAAUGAAAUGCUGUGUGCGUCAUGUCCCUGUCCCUGUCUCUGUAUCUGUCUCUGUCUCUGACCGGCGGUGUCAACUGAGCGGCGCAUUGUUAUUAUUGUUACCUACUAGACCCAGACGCAGACCCAUACCCAGACCCGUCGUGGCUCUGGUCCCAGCCAAGUGCACCGUAAAGAUCAUUAUCGCAUUUUUAAAUAAGCGCUUACUUGCGUUCUGGAGCAGCUCAGCUCAGCUCAGUUUUGCUCUGCUCUGUCAGGUAGAUAAAACAUUCGGUCAAGUUAAUGCGGUUUAUUGUCUCGUUGACUGAUAAAUCGGCCCGGUUAUCGUCUCGCAUAGUCUGCUAUUUAAGUUUCGCACGCCGAUAAAUCGCACCCAGCGAGUGGGAGGCAGAGACUCCAGACAAAUACAAAUAGCUAGCUGCUAUCGACAAAAUGUGGCCCAAACUAAGCUGCCUGCUGCUGGCUCUUUCGCUGGCCACAGCCAACCAGCUGAAGGAUCUGCUGGAGGAUGCCACCCCCAGCAGCACCACUCCCGCCAGCAGCACCUCGUCCACAGCCACUACAGUCAGCGCCUAUGUUAUAUCGGCUGCGGCUGUGUCCGCCUAUAAUGCCGUCACGCCCAAGUCCAAGUCGAAGAUGGCGACGGGCAAAUACUUUAACAAGAGCUCGCCCAAGAAGCGCAAGGCCGAGGAGGUCUCCUCGCUGCCGCUGCCCGUGGACACCGAUGGCCUGCUCGAGUGGAAGUGCCCCAACAUUUCGGGCACACGCAACGCUGAGCUCGAGUGCGGCUGCGAUCUGCCCCACACGCUGCGCUGCAACAUCGAUCUGCAUGGACUUUUGCUGCUGGCGGACAGGUUACGUAGUUCGCCCUAUUCCAUCUCGUUGCUGGACUGCUCGCUGCGCAACGUGACCUUCCUGAGCGACGCCAAGAUAUUCGAUGGCAUCUCGCUGCACGGCCUGGUCAUCUCUUCCGGCGAGAUCAAGCGUGUGCACAAGUCCGCAUUUCUGGGCAUCAAGGGACCGCUGCAGGCCUUGGGUCUGCCGGGCAAUGCGCUGCUCAGCGUGCCCUGGAAUGCGCUGUCCACGCUGAGCACGCUGGAGCGCCUGGACUUGGCCAACAACAAGAUCAAGGCGCUGGGCACGGCUGAUUUUGUGGGCCUGAGCAAUCUGGUGUAUCUGGAGCUGAGCAGCAAUCAGAUCUCGAGCAUAUCGCAGCGUACCUUCAGCAGCCUGCGCAAGCUGGAGGUGCUCAAGCUGGGCGGCAAUCGGCUGGGCGACUAUGCGCAGAGCCUGAAGGCGCUGAGCCAGUGCCUGAGCCUGCGCCAGCUGGAUCUGACGGCCAACAAUCUGAAUGGUCCGCUCAGCGAACAGACGCUGCCGGGCCUGCGCAACCUCGAGAAUCUGAAUCUCAAUCGGAACAUGAUCAAGAGCAUACAGAACAAGGCGCUGGCAAACUUUUCGCGCCUGGUUAGCCUCUCGCUGCGCCACAAUCAGAUCGAUGUGCUGCAGGAUCACGCCUUCUAUGGCCUCGGCGCCCUGGACAGUCUGGAUCUUAGUUACAAUGGCAUUGUGGCUAUCUCCAGCGCCUCGCUGCAGCAUCUCACGCGCCUCACGAUGCUCGAUCUGACGCACAACUUUCUGCGCGCACUCACCUCGGAUCUGAUUGCGCCGCUGCCCUCGCUGCGUGAGCUGCGUCUGGCCGGCAAUGACAUCUCCAUUGUGGCACGGAAUGCCAUGGACCGGGCACAGGAGCUGCAGAGCCUGCAGAUGCAGGAUAAUCCGUUGUCCUGUGACUGCAGCAUACGACCCUUUGCCGAAUGGCUGCAGGUCUCCAAGCUGUCGUCCAGCCUGAGCGCGUCUUGCGUGACGCCGCCGCGUCUGGAAGGCGCCCCGCUGCUGCAGGUGCCCGUCGAGACGCUCACUUGCGACAUGGACAAUGUGGAGAAGGACAAUGCCAAUAUAAUGGAGCAUCUGGAAACGCUGGCCAAGCCCAAUCAAACCUCAGCCCACGUCAAGGACUUGUCGGAGGAGAUUAUUCUGCACGAACUGCACUACUCUGCGGAUUAUGGCCUUAUAUUGACCUGGCUGCUAAAUCUCAGUAAGAAGGAUUACAUGUGCGAUGCCAUAUUCGUGUACAAGGAGGAAAACAUCAAUGAGAUACUCAUAGACAAUUCACCCAUCCACUGUGAGAGCAAGGUCGUCAAUGGUCAGAACACUGUGAGCGUCAUAGUGCCCGAUAGCUCAUCCCUGGACAUAGGCGAGAGCUACCGCUUCUGCCUGGUCAUGGUGCAGGAGCAGAAUCCAAAGGCAGAGCUUAACAUUGGCUGCUCGAACAUAACCCAGCUGCAGCUGAGCAGUCCCGGCGCAUUGCCCGUGCUGCGCCAGUAUCAGCGUCGUCCGUACUACACGCCGCAUGAGCUGGAGUCGGAGCAUUUGGCGUCUGGCGAGGAUUAUCCAUUGAAUAAGCGACAAUUCAACAGCAUUGCGGGCAGCCAGCAGAAAAUGCAUCCGCAGCAGCCGGCUUCCGUGCCGCCGUCGCCAACGCUGAUGCACAGCUACAAUGUCAUCGAUUCGCUGAACAAGAGUUUUCUGCCCGGUUUGGGUCUGGGCAUCCUGGUCACUUCCGUGGUCGUCUUGAUUUGGGGCGCCACACGCAUACGUCAGAGCGUGGCCGUCAGCGCCGGCGCCGGCGAUGUUAGUCUCAGCAGCAGCAACAGCAACAGCAUGCAGCACCACAACAACAACAACAACAACAACCACAGCAGCGGCAACAGCAGCAGACCGGGCACGCCCACAGCGACCACCUGCUAUGCCGCCUCGGAUCACAUAGCUCGGAUGGCGGAUGCCGAGAACGGGACGCGUUACCUCAAACUGCAGGCAACGACGAGCCUGUAAAGGGCGACCCGCACUCAGCCAAUCAACCAAUCGCUGGAAUCUUGUGAUAGUACAAGCACUUGUACCCGAUAUACCCUAAGACAUAUGUAGAGUAGUUGCUUAUAAGGACGAGCCGCUGUUAGGGCUCCUGCACUAAUCCAAAUACUUGGCCUAACACUAACCAAACUGUGCCAUAAACUAACCCACACAAGCAAGUCUCUCUCCUCAAGCUAUUAUUGCACAUUUACUAUAAAAUUCUAAGAGGAAUUAUCUAUAUAUAUUUCCCUCUCCAUACUUAACUUUAUGCCCUUGCAGAUAGUUUAUGUAUUCUUGAUCUGGAAUAAAAUGUCUGCAAGGGUAUUUGGAAUUCGGCACUCCGCAGCGAACUAUUCUCCCUUGCUGUAUACUAAUCGUAACAAGUUUGUUAGAAGUAGAAUUAAAUAUUUACGACGCCUCUGUCCCUAAUGUUAGCCUCUAGCCCUAAGAAAUUGUAAGUCAUGACCCUAGGCAUAAGGCUUUAAUAAUUUAUUAACCACAUACCAAGCACACACAAAAUAAAUUAUA